CGGAUAACGUUUGCAAUGGAAAAUGAAACCACGAGGGAAGAACGUGGCGAAGAGGAAGUAAUACGUUGGGAGGAAUUGACGCCAGAGCAAAAGAAGUUCGUACUUCUCGUCUGGCUGCGUGCGUAUAUCCUUGCCCUUGCUUUCUGGACACGCUGGCUUCUUCUGAAGCCUGAGGAUUGGAAGCAAUGGUGGGAAGGGUUGAAAGCAGCAGCCAAAGAGCUAAAGACAAGACUUUCUGAUAGAUACGAACUAGUCAUGAAGAUCGCAAAGCUGUUGUUCUUUUUGUUUCAGUUUAUCUACCCGCUAGUUCUUUUCCUGCUCGACAUCGAGGACUUGAGCUACAACAUCACGUGUCUUGUCGUCGGCUUCAUCGGGAUAGUCAAAGAUGGAUGGGAAACGCUAACAGAAAUUGACGAACGCCGAAAACAGAACAAAACUAAAAAGCAAAUUGAAGAGCAAGAGUCGACUACUGGGGCAACUACAAAUCAACGAAAAGUAGAAAUCAAUGUGUCGACGGCGGAUGAAGCUGAAAAAGAGUUUCGUAAGCGCUUCAAGGACGUCUGUCUGGACCUCUUCGAAGAAGUUCUAAUCUACCCUGCUAUUAUAUGCGACGUGUUCGGCUUUGUCAACGGUGAGGUGUACAAAUUUAAAAGAGGAACUGACUAUGUGGAUACCAUACUGCUCAUCUACGGUAUCGCAUUAGACCUAAUUGACAAACAAAUCCGCCGUAUUAUUCUUCUCUACAGAACAUGGAAAGCUCUAUGUGACGCAUAUCCAUCUACCCAAACGCGUGGCAGCUGCGUUCUUUGCUGUGGCAAUGGCUUCGUGCCUUGGUUUAUUGUCCAGUUUGCUUUCCUAGCCGUCGUGCAUUUUUUCAUGAUAGCUGUCGUUGGCUUUCGUUGCUUCUAUGACAACAGAGAAGAACACGAUUACACAACGACACCUGAAAGUCGAUUUCUCAUUGCAGCGGCCCUCUGUCUCCCACUAGUCAGCAUCAUUAUGUAUGUUCUCAUGAAUAAAGUCUGGAUGGUUGAAAUGUUCAUCGAAAUAAAACGGCAAAAGAACAAAAGUUAUAAAAACCGUCGAUUAGAAUUUAUAGCCAAAAAAGGAUGUUGGAAAAAAACCAAGGCUCCAUUUGCAGACAUCAAGGCUGUAAUUUUUGGAGCAGCUUGGAUUUCCAUGAUAGCAUAUGCCGCAUACGCCAGCGAACUCAGUAAUCGUUUCAAUUAUGUUACUUUAGUUUUGAGUAUUUUUGAUUCAGACACCGAGUCAACGAAUUUGAAUGCCACAUCUAGUGCAAACUCUACCGAGAAGAUUUCAACAAGCGCAACUCCACCUGAGAACACUAGAAAUUCAACAAAUCCAACUUCUAAAAACAUUGACAACAUAGUGGUAGCUAACGACGUGGCGCGAAUUGCUGUGGCAGCCGCACUAAUCUGUGCCAAUCCUCAAACAGUUUUCUAUUCAAUAUACGUGAGUCUGAUUCUUGCAGUAAUAGCUGCUAUCCUCACUCCUCUGGUUUUGAUCUGCAUUUUUGCUCCGUUCCUACUCAUAAUCUACUGCUUUUACAUUUGUUUUAUCUGUUUGAAAACAAAAGACUGUCACAACAAGUUUUAUUCGUUUAUCAAACAGUUCAUCGAAGCUCUCUGGAUCUCUCUCAUCACGUGACCAAUCUACUGAUGGGCACACAGACUCAAACUUUGGAAUAUUUUCAUAUCGAAACGAUGGCAAUCUAGUAGUUCAGGAGCACGAUUAUAUAUAUGCAUGCAUUAUGCUUACUAAUCAGCUAGCACGUGGCAUUGCUUAUGUUUUCAUUUAAGUCAAUUUUCUAGUCAUAUUUUCAAGUAUAUUAGCUAUUGCAGACUUGAAAAUAGCGACAAGACGUAAAGUUCCUAACAAUAUCUUUGAAACAUGCACAUCACAAUAUUUCCAGCGUUGUACUUGUCAGUAUAUAAUCAACAUAA